CCAAUUCGGAAAAUCUUAGAAUUCUGUCGCCGGGACGCUUUGAUUGAGGAAAAUAAAGGGAGGGAAGGAGGACAAAAAAGAGGGGGUCAAAAUGAAAACGUUCAAGAGAAUGAAAGAAUUUCGCAAGAUUUUGCUCUUUACAAACUCGAGGCAAAUGUUGCUCGGUUUGUACUACUGUUGAUGGUGCUGCUGUUGUACUACUGGCUACUGGUCGAUAAAAGACCGAGCCCCUCAGUUUCACGAGGAGAGAGAGAAAAUCGCGACGAACCUAAGCGAUACGUACACCUACAUAGACAUUACAUACACUGCAUAUAUUUCGUUUCCUUGCUCUCCUCAUCCCCUCCUUCCUUCGCCCCCUUUCCCUUGGCCUCUGGGGCCCCACUUUUCCAUCCAGACCCAACCCUCCUUACACCCGCAUUUCUCUAUCGACAGAGAAAGAGAGAGAAACUUUUUUCGAUUCUCCUCUCUUAUCAUCGUAAAUCUAAUAUUAUUCCUUCACACUUCCCAGUUUUUUAUUCACUCCGGAACCAAUAAAUCCUCCUAGUGUCUAUAGUUUUCGGUGAUUAUUUUUUUUAUUUUCUGUACGAAAUUUCAGUGUGACCCUCGAGAUUGACCACAAAUCGACGCUUUACUUUUUCCGCAAUUUUGGGCUCUAUUUUUUUUAAUUUGUGUUGACGAAAAGCGGCCCCACGUUUAUUUAUUCUCUCCCUCGUGUCGAUAAUUAAUCGAAAAAAUCUUUGAGAGAUCUGUGUUUUUCUUUCUCUCUUUCUCCCCGAGGUCUCGUGGAUAGUCGACCGUGAUUUACGGGGCCAAGCCUUUUCUUCUGGCGCUCGAGGAUAUGUGUCACAUUAGCGCGAAUGACUGACCGAAGCAACGAGGUCAGCAAUGGACUGACGGACGGUUCAUUGAAACCGAUAAGGUUGAAGGAACAGUUGAGAACACGGCGAGAGGAGGUUGGAGCACGACAAGGGGAUCCCAGUUGCUCGGGGGAGGAUAAGACUAAUAUGCCUACCGUUGCGAGGCCAGGAAGCCUCAAGGAUCCCGAGAUCGCUGAAUUAUUUGAGAAAAAUGACCCGGAAAAGAUUUUCGAGGAUCUUCGCGAAAUCGGACAUGGCAGCUUUGGUGCUGUUUACUACGCGAGAUGUUUGGUCACCAGAGAAAUCGUUGCCAUCAAGAAAAUGUCAUACCUUGGAAAACAAACGGUCGAAAAGUGGCAAGAUAUUCUCAAGGAAAUCCGAUUUCUUAGACAACUCAAUCAUCCCAAUACCAUCGAGUACAAGGGAUGCUAUCUCAGGGAUCAUACAGCAUGGUUGGUUAUGGAGUAUUGUCUCGGUUCGGCAUCAGACAUAAUAGAAGUUCACAAACGGCCAUUGAAAGAGGAUGAGAUCGCCGCAAUUUGCGAAGGAGUAUUGCGAGGUUUGGACUAUCUUCACGCGCUUGGUAGAAUACAUCGAGACGUGAAAGCCGGGAAUAUUUUAUUGACCGAGAACGGUACGGUUAAACUCGCGGAUUUUGGAUCAGCGAGUAUAAAAUGUCCAGCAAACAGUUUCGUCGGAACUCCAUAUUGGAUGGCUCCCGAAGUUAUUCUGGCGAUGGACGAAGGCCAGUACGAUGGAAAAGUCGACGUAUGGUCGUUAGGAAUAACUUGCAUCGAACUUGCGGAAAGAAAACCUCCAUAUUUCAAUAUGAACGCUAUGAGCGCCCUUUACCACAUCGCUCAGAAUGACACACCAACUUUGAACUCGCCGGAUUGGACGGCGGUGUUUGGUCAUUUUGUCGAAGUUUGUCUCACCAAGAGUCCAAACGAUAGGCCGUCUUCCGGUAAAUUGUUGAAACAUCAAUUUGUAACCAGGACCCGUUCACCACAAGUUUUAAUAGAUCUCAUACAGAGAACUAAAGCCGCGGUGCGAGAAUUGGAUAAUUUGAAUUAUCGUAAAAUGAAGAAAAUUCUGAUGAUCGAUUCGUGCGAGACUGAAAGUACAGUCGGAGAUGCGGACGAUACACCGGACGAGCAAACGGGCGGUGACAGUAGCAAGAGCAAUUCCAUAACAUCCGAGCACUCGAUUCAUUCGAUGGGUGUAUCGGCGAGUUCGCAAAGUUCCUCGACAAACAGCUUGCCACUGCCGAACGCGGAUGCGAACGAUUAUUCCUCGGGUUCCGUAAGAAAUCGUCAUAAAAUAUCGGCUGGAGUCACUGCCAAUUUACUCGAGCACGGUGCCAACAAUUUUGCCACAAUACGAACUACCUCGAUAGUCACGAAACAACAAAAGGAGCAUAUGCAAGAAGAGAUGCACGAACAAAUGAGCGGUUACAAGAGAAUGAGAAGGGAGCACCAAGGAGCCUUGGUGAAACUUGAGGAAAGAUGUAAAAUGGAGGUGGAAUCCCACAAACAACUUUUGGAUAAGGAGUAUGAGACGCUGCUCCAACAAUUCAGUAAAGAACUUGAGAAACUUCAAAUCAGACACGUACAAGAAUUGGAGCGUAAGCUGAAGCAAAAUCAAAAUGCGGAGAAGAAACUUCAUAAGGAGAUAACGAGUAGACAAGAGGCGGAUCGUAAAGCUCUCGAGGCUCAACAAAAACGAGAGUACAAGGCUUACAAAGAGAGAUGGAAGAAAGAAUUGUCGCAGGACGAGGUUACACCAAAACGACAACGCGACGCGACUUUACAAAGCCAAAAGGAUAAUCUGAGACAAAUGGAAGCACAGGAAGAACAACGACUCGCUCGAGGACAAAGAGAAUAUCUUGACCUCGAGAUUCGAAAGUUCCGGAGAAAAAAAUUGCUCAUAUUCCACAAUCUCGAGCAAGAACUUCUUCGUGAAGAAUUAAACAAACGACAACAACAGUUGGAACAAGCGCACGCAAUGCUUCUGCGGCACCAUGAAAAGACACAGGAGCUCGAAUACCGGCAACAAAGAGCGGUGCACUCGUUACGUGAGGAUCAAGUUCAACGACAACACGCGACCGAGCUUUGUAAUCAACAAGAUUACAUGCAACGGGCAGAACGUGAUUUACGCAAAAAACACGCUCUCGAAUUGAAACAACAACCCAAAAGUUUAAAGCAAAAAGAGAUGCAAAUUCGCAAGCAAUUUAGAGAAACGUGCAAAAUCCAAACGCGUCAAUAUAAAGCUCUCAAGGCUCAAAUACUGCAAACGACAGCGAAGGACGAACAAAAGGCUGUUAUAAAAAAAUUGAAAGAGGAACAGAGGCGAAAACUUGCUCUUUUGGGUGACCAAUACGAACAGAGUAUAGCUGAAAUGUUACAAAAACAAAGCAUCAGGCUUGACGAGUCCCAGGAAGUGGAAUGUCAUCAUUUAAAGGAGAGGCUGGACUACGAGUUAGAAAUUUUGAUGGCAUAUCAGUCGAAGAACAAGAUGCAAGCCGAAGCGCAGAGAAAUCGUGAACGCCGUGAACUAGAAGAUCGCGUCUCCGUAAGACGAGCUUUGUUAGAGCAAAAAAUGGAACUCGAGACUCAGGAGUUUCUCCAGGAGCGCAGCGAACGAAUACGCUUGCUUCAUGAAAGACACGAGCGCGAGUUGCAACAAUUCGACGAGGAGAGCGCGAGAAUAGGAUUCAGCGCACUGGCGAUAGCCGAAGCAUCGAAAGAGUCUUAUCCGGACGACGAGAGCCUGAGUGGCUCGAUGUUGAGUUUGGCUCACAGUAAUAGCUCGACGUCCUUUCCCCCUAAUAGUCUCUAAUAUUAAUAUUCAUUAAUAUAACAUUAUAUGUCCGCCUGGGAUUCGUCGCGAAUGGACGAGAUACACGAGGACUUCCCGCAAACCUCAUUACGUACUCGUCCAAGGCUCUUUACAGCCGAAUUAAUUAGUUCUGGAAGCCUGCAAAAAUUCAAUAACGGAAACAUGUAUAUGUAUAUAUAAUUUUAAUUUGAUAACUUAAAAUUAUAUAUAUGUAUAUAUAUCUAUAUAUAUUUAUAUAAUUUUUUUAAAUUCUGAAUGAGAAAAGCUCGUCGGAAAUGGCUGUCACGAUUGGAAGCCGAAAAUAGAGGGGUUCCGAUUCAGUCUAGUCGCGCGCAAUUUUUCGUAAGAAUUUAUCAAACCGAUAUAUUGCUUAAACGUCAAAUAUGUUCGCGUUUCUGACGAACACCUCAUUGAAAGAACGACGAACGCGACAGAGGAGGAAAAAUGCAAAAUACGAUUACACGAAAAACCUCUCGCCCUCUUAACCCCCUGUUCCUGUUUUUUUGUGUCCGUGCGCGUGUUUGGAGAACUCUUUGUUUUAUAUACAUAUAUGUAUAUGCUAUCAUUCUCAUUAAUUAUAAAAUGUCGAACGCCAGCUGAUUGUGACAGUUUUAAUCGAGCUAAAUGGCAAAGCCUUUCGAUCAUUUAUAUAUGUAUUUAUAUAUAUAAAUUUCUAUACGAACGAUCCUUUUGGACGUUGGGUCGUUUAAACGUGAUAUCCAGUAAGUCAAAACGACGAAGUGAUAAGUUCGACGGAUCCUUGACUUUCAAUAUUUUUUCCACCUCAUUCUUUCGUCCCAUCUUUUUCAUUCUUCUUCUCCUCUUUCCCUCGCAACCCUCAUCCACGAAAGAAUAAUCGUUAAUUCGAGAGAACAUACGGAUUUCAGUCGAUGCCAACGAUCAUAAAAUUUUCAUAGAUUUUUUUGUUUUUUCGACGAGAUACAAACGAUCAUUAAUACCAUUAAUAUUAGUGCAAUACCCCUCCGCGUCAUUUUUCAAUAAUAAAAUUAAUAUCCAUCGAGAUACGUUGUACGCCAUUUUUCGAAUUAUAUCUCGGUAUUCUUCAUAUGGGAUUAUAUAUAUAUAUAUAUUUAAAUGUAUGUGUAAUCUCUCACAUCGAGCAUUGAGGAAAAAAAGCAAAAGAAAAUACUACGAUUAUAGGUCCAAUGUGUCACAAUCAUCUGAUGCUCGCUUUCUUCGUAGUGAAAAAGUUUGUGUACAUAUUAAAAAAGAAACAAACAAAUGAUGUUAAAACGUAAACCUUAAAAAAAUAACGAGGAAAACAUACGAUCGAGCGAAGGCUUCGUUGAGAAACCGUUUUUUAAUAUUUCUACGGUACUAAGCACUGGCUCAAAUUGAGGACGAAUUGCACGUAUUUAACAGACAAACAUUUUGUUCGAUCAGAUAUUCUCAAAACUUUGGAAUUCCUCAAAAUUCUGCAGCCAAUCCAAUCAUCUCUGAAACUUGUCAAACGUUUAUUUCAAGAAGGAUCUCUAUACAAAAAGUUUUUAUGUUAUAAAUUCAAAUAUCAUAAAUUUCGUACCUGUUUCCGUGUAAAGUAAAAGUUAAACCAUACGAAGUGUGAUAAAUAUUAAUAAAAUUGGAAAUGAUUUUAGCUUAUUGAUAAAUCCAUUAUGUUGGACGAAAACAAAAUUUUUUCGAUUAUCCAUGAAAAAAUUCUUUUUCUCGCCUAUUUGUUAAUAAACUUUAAUUAUUUUAUUGUGUCAUAUCAAUGUUCGUGACGUUCUGAAGAGGACAGUUUUUGUGCUCAUCGACGAGUAUUGAAGAAAUGUUGAUAAAAUGAAAUAUUUGGCACACGAAUAUGUGUACUUCGUUCUUAACUGCUGAAUUGUUAACCAUUUUUCGAAAUUUUGUAGCAUUUUCUAAGAAAUUCAUCCAAUAAUGGCCAUCAUUGGAGUAUCGAUUAAGGAAGUUGUUAGAGUUUUGAGGCAAAAAUAGAUUUUUUUUUCAUACCACUAUUCAAUGGCAUAAAACUUUUUGCACACACUCAGUCGACAGUUAUAGCGUUAACAAAAAAAAAAUGUAUCAUUCAGUUUGAAUGUUUUCCGAAAAAAGAAAAUAAAAAAUGUCUACUUUUUGCCUCGAAAACCACAUAUUACCCUCGAUUUAAAGUUCUUUUGCCAUAAAUUAGUUGUGGGAGAAUACUCGAAGAAUAUGAGUGAUUAAUAGUAAAAAAGUAAUCAGUCGACGAUUACGUUCUCACCUAUUGAGUCAAGUUAUGCGAACGAAAAGCAGUAAAUGUAUUAUUAAUUCGUUACGCAGUUCAUAAUCGAAUUUAGCGCUGGAUAAUCUGGUAAUAAGUGCUACAAAUAUCUUAAUUCGGACGGUUUAAGAAUUACGAUGAAAAUUAAUCUGAAAAAUAUAACCUCAAAAAGGCGUCUCGAGUUUGCGGCGUAGAGGGCCAUGUUGUAGUAUAUUAGUACAAAUGAUCACCGCGCACCGUCAGUGACGCUUGUAGCAACACACAUUUUUACUUGGGUCUUCGUUUCAGGCAAAUUAUCUUGCAAUCACAGACUAAAUACCCAAUUCUUUUUCCUUUCUAAACUCCCCGUUUGUAGAUACAGAAAAAAACAACGAUCGCUGUUCACAAGUGAGUUCUUAAGAAAUCUUUGUAAACGAAAAAAAACAGCAUAACGGUGAAGCGUUUUAUCAAAUGAUUCCUCAAAUCUGUGUAUGUGUGUCGAGAGAAACCAUGAGGUGACGAAAAAAAAGCUUUGGGAAGCAAAAAUCGAAGUUUCCUAGUCGGUAGUUGAGGCAUAAACGAAAAAGCGUAUAUACACUUUUUGUAAAAAUUUGUUUUUAAUUCCAUAUCUUAGCGCUGUAAUACGUUAAGAUAAAUACCUGUUAACGAAAAAAAUACGGUCCAGCCCCUCGAUGUAAUCUUCGAGAAAAUUCGUUGGGCUCGCAAUUUUAGACGCGUCGUUACCGUUUGUCCCGAUGAGAAAUGAAACCCUAUAAAUUUGGAAACACCGCUUCGUAGUAUUUCUAGCUUAAUGAAUGGACUUUUUUCUUCUCUCACAUUCUCAGUGUAGUGAUUUACUUUUUGUUUAUCCGUUUAACAAACCUGCGUACGAACGAGUACAGUAACAAAAGUUCCGCGAAAAUCCAUAAUUGUGCAUCGUCAAACAUCUUGCUUCGGACGGAAGAGCGGGUAAAAAAAUACAUCGUUGUAAAUUUAUAUAUUGUCAAUUCUCUCCAUCUCUCUCUCUCUCUCUUUCAAACUUUCGAUUCAUCUCAUAAUUUCGUGACGAAUAAUCGUAUUUGGCAAUUGUAAAAUGAAUGUUAUAUAGAAAAAUUGGUUUUCUUCUUUCCCCGAAUCGUCGAGAGAUACAAUUUUUCGUUACGUGUAUAUCGUUUCGUAAUUCCGUUCCAUUUAUGUUGUUUCGUUAAUUCUUUUUUUAACGCCGCGUUCCAUGAUCUUCCAUACUUUGUCAUUUAUUAGGAAGUUAGAAAAUAGUACAUUCUCAAAUGCAACAAAAAGUAAAGAAAAGAAAUGAAAGAAAUAUAAGGAAGAAUGGAGUGUCGUUUGUCUUUUGUAAAAUGUUUCGAGAUGUUGUAGAAGAGCCGUAAUAUAGGUCGUAUAAUGAAUAAAAUUUGAACGAAAAAAAUUGAAUUAAAACUACGAAGGACAAGUGUCCAUUUUAGGAGAAGAAAAGGAGUGAAGAUAAUGAAAGAAAAAAAGAAAAAAAAACAAACAAACAAACGAAGAAAAUGAACGAAGCGUUUUAUCAAGCAAUGCUGAAGUGUUCCCCGGCGACGAGUCAUAAUGGGUCUCGGGAUGGAAUAUCAGUGAGCCAAGAUCUGUGGUCAAUAAUUUGCUCACGCAGUACACUCAAUUAUAUAACAUUGAAACUAGGUACACACGAGUAUAAAACGAAUACUCUAUAUUAUUAUUAAUAUUAUUAUUAUUAAUAUACAAAUAUAUAUUAUAUAUUAUACAUAAAGAAACGAAGAGGAAAAAUUCAACUAAAGAAACAAACCAAUACCUUUGUAGCAAGUAAUCAAUCAAGAAAUCGCAAUACACGAUAGUCGGAGGCAAAAGAAAAAAGUAAGAAGAAAGAGAAACAACUGACUCGUAUUCGGUCUUAAUAAUUGUAACAAUUAUUACAGUAAUUAUUUUUAUCUAUAAGUUUAGGUAGAGUAUAAAUACACUUUUUUAACUAAAAACAGAAGAAACAAUCGAGGAAGAAAACCAAUGAUCAAACGAGCGACGAACGAAGUUUUUGGUAAUGAUUGUUCCCAGGAGAAUUUUUACUGAAGAGGUUUUCGACAAAGAGCAACCAUUUACCGAUCUUUUGGAGAAGAAAAACAAAACCACUGUGCUGAUUAGAUAAUAAAAAAAAACGUGAAAACUUA